AUGGCAGUGUCUAUAUCGCAAGUAUCAUUCGAACACCACCGCACCGCUCUAGGCAUCGGCGAAACGAGUCCACGCAUCUCAUGGAGGUUCGAAGGCAACGCACCAAACUGGACUCAGAGUCGCUACACCCUGGAGGUUCAGCGCCAUGGACAAGCCGCGGCAGACUUGUUCCACAUCAACUCGUCCGGCUCAGUGCUGGUGCCAUGGCCGACCGUGUCACUGACCUCGGCGGAGUCGGCCACUGUUCGGGUAAAGGCGUACGGCAAGGACAACCAGCCCGAAACCCCCUGGUCGGAUGCGGUGCAUGUUGAGACAGGACUGCUGACCCAAGAAGAUUGGUCGGGAGCUAUGAUGGUUGCUUCUGUCAGGGCUACAGAGGUGGAUGCGCCUCAUCAGCCGAUUCUCUUUCGCAAAGGAUUCUCUCACGAGGAAGGUGUCGCCUCGGCACGUCUUUACAUCACGUCUUACGGUAUGUAUGAAGCAUACAUCAAUGGAGAGAGAGUCGGCGAUGCCGUACUGGCGCCAGGAUGGCAGAGUUACAACCACAGGCUGGUGUACGAUACCUACGAUGUCGCGAGCCUGCUCCAGGACGGCAAGAAUACAAUUGGGAUUCAUGUGGGCGAAGGGUGGUAUGCAGGACGCCUUGGGUUUGCUACUGACCGCAACCUCUGGGGCGACACUCUGGGCACUAUGGCUUUGCUUGUGAUCACCCGGCCCGAUGGAAGCAAGGAGACCAUUCCCACCGACCUCACGUGGGCAUCGAGCGCUGGCGCGAUCAUCACAUCCGAGAUUUACAACGGAGAAGUCUACAACUCAAGCCUCGAGCAACCUUCGUGGUCAGCGGCAGAAUUUGAAGCAUCAGGCAAUGCGAAGUGGAUGGGGGUCAAAGAGCUCCAAGGACCCUACGGUCGACUGGCUUCUCCUGAUGGUCCGCCAAUCCGUCGUAUAAAAGAGGUCCAACUGCAGCAAGUCCUGACCAGUCCUACGGGAAAGACCAUUCUUGACUUUGGGCAGAACUUGGUAGGAUGGCUUCAGCUCAAAGUGGCAGGUCCUGCGGGUCAUCAGAUCAAGAUGGUGCAUACAGAAGUCCUAGAGCAUGGCGAGGUUGCCACACGUCCUCUACGAACCGCCACCCAGACGGACACACUCGUUCUCUCUGGGGAAGGCUUCCAAACCUGGGAGCCGACUUUCACGUACCAUGGCUUCAGAUACGUCAUGGUUGAGAACUGGCCUACUGACCAAACACCCCUGGACAAGGAUUUCGUCAAGGCGAUUGUGGUGCACUCGGACAUGGAGGAAACGGGGCAGUUUCUGUCUUCCAACGGGCUCCUGAACAAACUAGUAGAGAACGUGAAAUGGAGUAUGGACGGCAACUUCAUGUCGAUACCAACUGACUGCCCGCAAAGGGACGAGAGACUCGGUUGGACUGGAGAUGCACAUGCUUUCGCACCGACUGCACACUUCCUAUAUGACACCUCGGGGUUCUACAGGGGCUGGUUAAGAAUCGUUAACACGUAUCAGGACGCCCAAUCCGAGCAACUAUCUUAUGGGGGUAUCACUCCAGUCGUCAUCCCCUGGGUCCCCGCCGUAGGAUACCCAACACCAUCCGCAGUCUGGGGCGACGCCAUAGUGGUCAACCCCUGGAACAACUACGUCUCGUUCGGCGAUAUCAAUGCGCUGAAAGAUCAAUACAUAGGAGCCAAGACAUGGCUGGACAGCGGCAUCCCAAGGAACGAGGCUGGCCUAUGGAACCGCACGACCUACCAAUUUGGGGACUGGCUUGAUCCUCUUGCGCCCUCUGAUGACCCCGGUGCGGCUACGACAGACUCGAGGUACGUGGCUGAUGCAUAUCUGGUCUAUGUCACUGGCCUGGUUGCAAAGAUGGCUGCGGUACUUGACUAUGAGGCCGACGCUGAACACUAUGGAGAUUGGGCUGGGACCCUGAAGACCGCUUUCCAAGAUGCUUGGAUUGAUCCUGACGGAAAAGUUGCCAACGAGACCCAGACGGGCCUAACCCUGCCACUUUACUUCGACCUUUUUGCCAAAGAAAGUCAGGCUGUUGCAGCUGCCGUCCGUCUCCAGAAGAUCAUUGCAAACAAUGACUACCUAGUCGGCACAGGAUUUGCCGGCACCCAUCUCCUUGGUCUUACACUGUCUAAGUACAACCUGACCGACACAUUCUACCAGAUGCUCCUCCAGACGACUGUGCCUAGCUGGCUAUACCAGGUCGUCAUGGGCGGAACCACGACAUGGGAGCGCUGGGACAGUCUCCUCCCAAAUGGGGACUUGAACCCUGGCUCGAUGACCUCCUUCAACCACUACGCAUUCGGAUCCGUGGCCAACUGGAUAUUCCAGACCAUAGGCGGCCUGGCGCCAGCUGAACCGGGGUGGAAGACGAUCAAGGUGGGCGUUGUUCCCGGCAGCAAUGUCACUGAGGCGCAGGCCAGCUACCUCAGUCCCUAUGGCAUAGUCUCAACAGAUUGGCACGUUGAUGAGGAUGGUUUCCACUUGAGCUUGGUCGUGCCUCCGAAUGCGAGGGCGGAGGUGGUGUUGCCCAAGACCAAUGGGGAGAUUCUGGCGGUUGGCAGUGGUACUCACGGGUUUGUGGUUUCGGGCUAUCGAUUGUAG